AUGUCCUCCGUCGAGCACCUCCGCCAGCGGUACGAGUCCGCGGGCCAGGGCCACCUCUUCGCCUUCUACGACACCCUCCCCGCCCCGGAACAGGCCGCGCUCGUCGCCCAGCUCGAGGCGCUCGACAUCGAGCGCGUCAACCGCAUCUUCACCAAGGCCGUCUCCGCGGAGCGCGACCUCGGCCCCGCCGCCGGCCCUGAGCUCAUCGAGCCCCUCCCUGAGGACGCCGCCGGGUCCAUCAUUAGCGACCCCGCGCGCGCGGACGCCUGGCGCGCCGCGGGGCUCGCCGCGAUCGCCCGUGGGGAGGUCGGCGUGCUCCUCAUGGCUGGGGGGCAGGGCACCCGUCUGGGCAGCAGCGCCCCGAAGGGCUGCUACGACAUCGGCCUGCCGUCGCACAAGAGCCUGUUCCAGUACCAGGCGGAACGCAUCGCGCGGCUCGAGAAGGUCGCGGCGGAGGCGGCGGGGAAGGGCGAGAAGGCGGUCAUCCCGUGGUAUGUGAUGACGAGCGGGCCGACGAGGAGUGAGACGGAGGCGUUCUUCCGGACGCAUAAGUUCUUUGGACUGGAUCCCAAGAGUGUGAUCUUCUUUGAGCAGGGUACACUCCCCUGCCUCGCCAUGGACGGCAAGGUUCUGCUCGAGACGCCCUCACGAGUCGCGGUCGCGCCCGACGGCAACGGCGGGCUCUACGCCGCCCUCCGCCAGCCGCUCUCGCCCGCGGACAAGGCGCGGACGGUGCUUGCGGACCUCGACGCGCGCGGCAUCCGCUUCGUGCACUCGUACUGCGUCGACAACUGCCUCGUCCGCGUCGCCGACCCGGUCUUCAUCGGCUACUGCCUCGAGAAGCAGGCCGACUGCGCCGCCAAGGUCGUCCCCAAGGCGUUCCCCACCGAGUCCGUCGGCGUCGUCGCCCGGCGGGGCGACAAGUUCUCCGUCGUCGAGUACUCCGAGAUCUCCCCCGAGCAGGCCGAGCGCCGCACGCCCGCCGGCGAGCUCGCCUUCCGCGCGGGCAACAUCGCGAACCACUUCUACACCACGCCCUUCCUCCACGCCGUGCGCGGCUUCGAGGACGAGCUCGCGUUCCACAUCGCGCGCAAGAAGAUCGCGCACGUCGACGUCUCCUCCGGCGCGCAGGUCAAGCCCGCGAAGCCGAACGGGAUGAAGCUCGAGAUGUUCGUCUUCGACGUCUUCCCGCACACCCAGCGCUUCGCCGUGCUCGAGGUCCCCCGCGCGGAGGAGUUCUCCCCGCUCAAGAACGCGCCCGGCACCGGCGCGGACGACCCGCAGACGAGCCGCCGGGACCUGCUCGCCCAGCACCGCCGCUUCCUCGAGGCCGCGGGCGCGACGGUCGGGGAGGGCGUCGAGAUCGAGCUCUCGCCGCUCGUGACGUAUGCGGGCGAGGGCCUCGAGGCGGUCAAAGGCAAGACGUUCUCGCGCUCGGGCAUGGUCGAGUCCGUCGAGGAGCUCGACGCGCUGGUGUAG